AUGUGGGCUUCCACGCGCCAGUACUACUGGGCAGUGGGUGCGUUGAUUAACCCGUGGCUAUAUGUCGUCGGGGGCGUGGGUGGGGGGAAGGCAGUGAACGAACUCAUAUAUACACUAGGGCUUCAUGUGCAGUUUUUAAAGGAGAAUCGAGUCGCAACAAUGUCACGUUGCGGUAAAUACAUAACGAACCGGAAGGGGGGGGGGGGUCCUUAUGCACGGUUCUACUUGUUUUUAAAGAAUAUAAUAUAAAGGGUAAAGCGCAAUGAAGCCAUGAGCUCUCUCCUCGGAGUUCUGAGGGAGAGGAACUUCAGAGGUUUGGACUCCUAUACGCGAUCGAGCUAGCUAUGCAUGCCGAAUGGUACAAAAGAAAAAAAGACAAUAAGCGAAGUUGCUAGCCACCAAAACUUUCCAGCUUCAAAGCACCAUUGUCUGCAAAGUUUUUUACUCGAUAGAGGUAGCCUAUUGUUGAUAUUCCAAACACUUGCUGGCGCCAGGAGGACAACACAGGGCUU